GGUUGGGGGGCAGGGGGGCAUUGCGUAUGCACUUCUAAUAUUCAGCUGCCAAAACACAGACCAGAGGACCUUCCCUGGAGAUUGCAUUGGGCCCACGCCACAUGCUGGGGCUGGCAAUGGGACCCUUGUUCAGCCAGCGUCGCAGGAAGACUCUUUUCGUGUUCCUCAGAAGAUCAUAGUUGAGAAGUGUCUACAGGUCAGAACGGACACUCGGUUCUCCCAGGAGGGACAGACGGGUCACUAGUUGUUCUGCGUUUCCAGACAGACAGCGUAGCUGUUUUACUUGUUACUUUUCAUAGGCAUUUGGCCAAAGUUGGUGUUAGAACAGAGGAGUGAUGGGAGGACAGUUCCUCUGAAAGAUUGUGAGCAAAAAGGUUCCUUAUUGUCUUUAAGGCACAAGAGAGUUGAGAUGUUUCCUCUUGAUUUCUUUAAAGACUGCUGUGGCUUCCAUUGGGGAAUUUUCUCUACCGUUAGGAGCAGAGGCAGAAAAACCCAGUCGAAUCCCUUCUUUUUAGGGCCAAACAAAAGAGAGACUGGUGCUAACAUUUUGCGUGUAUUUUGAAAAAUAAAGCAGUUUUGUAUCAGUUGAUCUGCUUGAGUUCCCUGCCUGGGCUUUCGUUUCUUGGGUGCAGUUUUGGGGUCUUCAAGGCCGAGUGAUUUUGCUUGUGUAGGUCUCAUUACUGUUCUGAAUAUAUUUCCACAGAGGUUUUAAUUUGAAAGCCCUGGCUUGUAUUCACUGGAAACAGGGUGCGAAUGAAUAUUGUGGCAAGACAAUAGCUUUCUCCUAGUAAAAAGUGCAUAACUAUUUAUUUAGUCCUGAACCUGGGGAACCUGGCACCUGGGAAUCAGGUGAGCAGUGGAUGCCACUAAGUUCUCACACGUCAUCAAGGUACUGGAGAGCCUGGCAAAUUGUCCUGGGUUGGUGUGCUUUCUCGUCUGUGCCUUUCUCUUGCAGCCUGUGCCGCCUGCCCUGUUGCAGCUUUGCCCCGGGACGCUUUCUGUUUGCCUUCCUUUCACCAGCGCUGGCAUGUGUGAACAUCUGCACGGUGAAUCUCUUGGCCCAGCCAUGUUUGUCUUCAUUGCCCGGUUUGGAACAUCUGCCUUUUUGAAAGACUGGAGGAAAGUGGCAAGCUUCUGCGGGAAUGCCUGAAGCAAAGCACCCUUCUCACCUUAACCCUUAAAGGUUUACUUUGCUGUAGGAACAGUUGGAGAGCCCGCGUGAUGUGGUUGACUACAGUUCCAGAGACCUGGGUUCAAAUCCCCAUUCUGCCAUGGAAACCAGCUGGGUGACUUUGGGCAAGUCGCAUCUCACAGCCUCAGAGGAAGGCAAAGGCAAACCUGAACAAAUCCUGCCAAGAAAACCCUGUGACAGGUUUGCCUUGGAGUGCCCUACAUCAGAAGUGACUUGAAGGUACACAACAACCAGAAGGAACCAUUUCACCUCCAAGGACAAAAUGGGUUGUCUCUGUGCUUUGGCUGUUGCUACCAGUCCUGACUCUUCCUUUUUAAGUGUGCGCCUUGUGCCGAAUCUCACAGGCCACUCGCUCUUAUCACAGUUGCUGGGAAAAUCUCUUCCUGGAAUACAUGAUGUGUCCUUCAGCACCAGCUGCUACGUCAGCCAAGUACAGGUCAUGCUGGGGGAACCUUUUGAGAACAAGGAGGAACAAAUAAAUGGAGCAGGAGUGGGUGGCAAAGAAAGCAGCCACUCAAGCAGAACUUUGGUAAAGGAAAGCUUUCUCUUUCAAAAAACCAGCUGCCCAGACUGGAAAGAGAAAUGUCUUGCAAGGUUGGCAGCUUUUGCAAAGAUGGACAUGAUGCAGAGUGAAACCCUUGAUCGGAAAAGAGCUUAACGUGCUCAAAUAAUGUCUUUCCCCCCAAUCAAGGAUAAAGUGGAGGCUUACAGGCAGUUAUGGGUGAGCUCCCAGGAUCCCACCUGUUGCACAGCUUCUGUUUUUUAGGCUCUUUGCACUUUUUCUUGCUUGAACUCUGUGACAUGUUUUGUUGCCUUUAGUUUAGAUCUGAGUUCAGUUUCCCACUGAGCUGAGCAGCUUGUUGGAUGGCCUGGGGCAAGUCUCCCUACCUCACAGGGUUGUUGAGAUGACGAAUGGGACGUGGGCCAUGUAUUCCAACUUGAGCUCUGUAGAGGAAGGCAGAGACAGAAGUAGCGAUAUAAAUUAAAGUUUUGGACUUUGUGAUUGACAACAGGCUGUUUCAGCCCUUCAAGAACCUUGCAGGAGCUGGAGCAAAGUAAAUGAAGGAUCACUGCAGUUUCUUGAAAAAAGGCAGAGUUUCCUAGCAGUGUUGUCACUGGAUACCAGCUCCCAUCAUCCUUGCCCAGAGGUGAUCUGGAAGACCAUGCAUUCCCUCAUCCUGGAAAGGGCACUCAAAGUUUCCUUGAGGAACUAGACGUGAUCCAGCCAAGAGCAAACACAAGGCACUGCGAGUGGCUGAGUUAAUGGUUAACCCCGCCUGCCUGCCUCUCUUCCCAGCCGCGCAGGGCUCCUCAAGCCAAGGCACGCUGCUCCAGCUGGCUUCUCCCAGCACCAUGCUCCCCUUGCUCCCCGUGGCUGCGCUUCUGGGCUUGCUGGGGGCGCUGGGACUUGCCCAGGCCCGCAAAUCCGAGCCCCAGCGCAUCUCCAGCGACCAGCCUCUCUUUCGUGGAACGGAACGGUACAACUUCGCCAUCAUAGUCCCUGCGGGAGACAUUGAGUGCUUCUGGCAGUUUGCGCACCAGAGCGGCCAGUUCUACUUUGGCUACGAGGUGCAGAGGAACACAGGGCUUGGCCAAGAGAGACACAUCCAGGCCACUGCAUAUGACCCCAACGGCUUCCGUGUUGGGAACUCGCAAGAUAUCCGGGGACUGAUCCACUUCUCAACCAAGGAAACAGGAUUCUACCAGCUCUGCCUGAGCAACGUGCACAACCACUUUGGGUCUGUGCGGGUUUACCUUAACUUUGGAAUCUACUACGAGGGCUUUGACCUACAAAGUACAUCAGAACUUGAGAAGAAGCAGCUCAACGACACACUGGCAGCCAUUGAUGUAAGCACUGCUAAAUAUCCAAGAAGGUUCUGGCAAUGCCAGCAGCUGGGUGGGAAAUCAUCGGCAUGUGGGCAGAAAGAAACAUGGGCCAGAAGGAAACUCGGGUCACACCUGAUGCAGGAGAGCACCCGCAAGCUGAUGAAGGACCUCUUCCACAUGUGGCGAUACAGCGCCAUUUCUCGGAUGAAAAGCACGUCGGACAUCUUACUCCUUCAGUCCAACUACAACUAUGUGAACUGGUGGUCGGCGGCCCAGAGCGUGGCCAUCAUCCUCUCGGGGGUCCUCCAGCUCUACUUCCUCAAGCGUCUCUUCAAAACGCAGCCCACCACAGCCACCAACAAGCCACGAUGCUAAAGUCUCACGCCAGGGUUAAGGCCAGCCAAAAGCCCAAUCUCACAGGCAGCAAAAGGAACAGGGAACCCUGAAAAGCAAGGGGCGCGUUAAAGGCAGCAUCCCUCCACCUGCUGGCUUGGCCUCUUUCAUUUGCCUUUCAGGGUCCAAAGUGGACAAAUCUAAGCACCGCCACAGAAAGGGACUGAAUGGGUGAUUCAAAAUAAAGCUGGCCUAGUCAA